GAUGCUCUCUUGCAGCCUGGAUUGAGAGGAAAGCCUGUUCCUAGUAGCGCACGUGUCUAGUUCCAGGUGGGAAAAUCGAGGCUGUCUUGAUAGUUAGCUUGAAGCGUGAAUUCAGGAAGCCUCUUCUUAGUUCGAGUUAGAAACUGUUCCUGGUUCCACGUUACUAGAGAAGCCGCAGGCGUCGGGCUCAGUGAAUUAUCGGAAAGCUGCGACCUCGUAGUUCCCUUGGGACGCUGUGAGGGUAGUAGAAUCUUGAUACUGCACAGUCUACGACUCGUAAAUUACCCGAAAGCGCUUUCUUUGGACCCGAAGUAAUCGACACCAGAAAUUCAGGCAAAACGAAGGGUGUUUAGCGAGCUCACGUGGUUACCAGCCCCCUGAAUCUCGCAAUGGCUGACACCAGGCGGCCUCCAGAAAGAUUCCUCGCAACACACUCGUAUACUCACGCCUGUCUUCAGUCACGCAACUCUCUUCUACAAUCACCCUGCUCUCUAAAGUCACGCAGCUCUCUUCUACAGUCACGCAGCUCUUUACGGUCACGUUUGCUCCCUCUGUUGUUCGUCACUGCUCUGCUCUCCUCACUCACGUCGAGCCUGGAAGCCGAAGCUGCUGAUUCGGUUCGGCAGGUGGUGAAGCUGGGUUUCCUGCUGCCCUACCCGAAAGCCGACCACGUCAUCCCCGUGCGCCUCGCGGACGAAUGGAUCGCGGCCUCAAGAGUGGCCUUGGAGGUGCUGGGUCCCAAGUACUCUGACACCUUUGACGUGGUGCCGCACAUUGCCAACUCCAACUGCGACAGGCAGGAGGCCAAGGAGGCCGCCCAGCUGCUAGUAAGGGAUGGAGUGGUGGGCGUGGUGGGGCCAGCAUGCACCGAGGCCGCGCUGGGAGCAGCAGACGUGCUCGUGCCAGCUGGCAUUCCGAUGGUCUCAUUCGCUGCCACGUGGGAUGGGUUCAGGGAUCGAGGGAGAUUCGGCACCUUCUUCCGCACUGUGUUUGGCGACAGGCACCAAGCAGCCGCCGUGCACUCUCUCCUACAGGAGUUUGUGUUUGACAAAAUUAUCCUCUUUUUCACAGAGGAAACAUAUGGGUCGGCGCUGGGAUAUGAUAUUGAGCUGUAUGCGCGCAACGACAACGUCUCAGUGCACAGCAUACCCGUGCCAGUGCCCUGCUCCAACUACACUUCCCUCUUCCUCAACCUCACCAACCCAAGCAAAGCCCUUAUCCGAGCCGACGACUCCACGGUGGUGGUUCUCGCCACCACACCCAACGCAGCAGAAGGCAUCUGGCGGGCUGCUUUAGACCUGGGCCUGUUGAAGUACCCCUGGUGGUAUUUCGGGACAGAUGGAGCUGUGGCGUUCGAUCUGGUGGGGGAAGGUCAGAACCUUUCAGCACUGGCCUCAGCCCUUCAAGGCGAGAUGGGUGUUGCUCCUUACAAGGGCGAUUACUCGGACUCGUCUCCUCUAUGGGAGUACGUCAUGCACUGGCAGUCCAAGUCGCAUGAUAUCUACCCGGGUCUGCUCACGCUGAACGUCGGGCCCUCGCUCCCCCGCUUCAACUUCACCCGCCAAUACGUGCCGUACCUUUUUGACACUGUUCACGCCUUCUUUGAAGCCUUCAGCAACAUCUUCACCAAUCAAAACGCAGCGCCCUCAAAGGAACUUGUGCUGGCGUGCUUUAAAGGAGUGCCCCGGGGGUGCAUCAACUUCACGGGAGCCACAGGACAGGUGUCAUUCAACCCAGCCACUGGAGAACGGCUGAAGAGCAUAUCCCCCCCGGUGUACAGCAUUGUGAAUCUGGACGGGAUCGAGUGGCAGGCAAGAGCGCGGUGGGAGGAGCGGCAGCAGGAGCGAUUCACCCUCGACCUUUCCACCAUCACCCGCCCUGGCCCCCUGCCUGGUGCUGCUGCUGCUGGUGGCAGUAGCAGUGGUGGUGGUAGUGGUGGUACUGCUGGUAAUCGUACUGCGGGGGUUAAGGAGGCAGAGGGGUAUUCUGCUCCCUCGGCAUACGAUGCCUUGAAUCAGGUCAGUGGGGAGAUUGGUGAUUUUGGUGUGAAGAGCCAGGCUCAGGGGCAAGGGUACACUGGGAGUGACAGCAGCAUCAGCACCAGUGCCACCAGCACCAGCGGUAGUAAUAGUGGCAGUGGUGGUGGUGGUGGCAGCAGCAGCAGUGGCAGCACCCGCAGUAGCAGCAGCAACGGCAGUAGCUCCCCCUCUUCCUCAUCAAUGCCUGGUUAUACCGUAGCUCUGCUCGUCCUUCUAUCUCUCACCCUCCUGUGCCUCGUAGUGUACCUCGCUUAUAUGGGGUACAGCGGUUGGAGGCGCAGGGAGGAGGAACAGGGGCGGCAGGAGUAUCUAAAUCACCAGCAGCAGCAGCAGUUGCAGAAAGAAUCAGGAGGGGAUGUGUAUUUGGCAGGAUGGAAGGGAGAUGAUGGGGGAGGGGAAGAGUAUGUGAGGCGAUACAAUGGUGAUGGGGAAUGGAGGGGCGUAGGGAGUUGGGUUGGUGGGUUUGGGCUGGGGAGUGGGUUUAGCUUGGGGGGAGGAAGAGGGGAAGGGGGAGGAGGAGCGGGUGGGGGAGCGGGAGGGCUAGGGUUUGGAAGUGGGCUUGGCCUUGGGGUUGGGGUUGGGGGUGGGGGGAUUGAUGAUGGAGAUGAUGAUUUGGUUUUGGGUGGAGGGAAGGGGACUGGGAGUGGGAGGAAGGAUGGAGAUAGGGGUAAUGGUGUUCUGCACGGUGGGUUGGAUGGCUUGGAGACUGAUACUGACCCCGAGGGUCAUAAGCAAGUGUGGGUGCAUAUGCUGUAACAAACAUUGCUUUGUUUGUGGGGUAGUGUAUAUCUGUAUAAAAUGUGUGAAUGUAUGUGUGAUAAGCAACGUAGUGUGCGGUUUGAAACGACUAUUACAUUCAAGAGGCCUUGCUACCAACAACAGUAUUAUUGGCAAGACACAGGAAAGUGUACUGUCUAGUACUGCGAGAAGACAUUUUAC